UGGCUUAGGUUUCUGCUUCGUGUAAUUGUAUGACCUCCAAAGAAACGGACAGAAAAGGCAGUUAACUGUACCUUCAAUUGUGUCAUUCAACUGUGUACAACGCAACCCACGGUCAAUGCUACAAUACAAUAGUACUACAGCCAUUGUCGCAUUGUGAUUUAAAUCAUGCAGUUUCUACUGGUGUAGAGUAGUUGGUACUGCUUUGUACUGUACGUAUGUACAUGUAUGAUGUAGGCACAUCGUCAAACAUCUUGCAAAAAUGGACGUCGCAACCAGUUUCAUUUAUGCUGUAGCUGUGUUUGUUACAUGCUUGUACAGUGUGUAUGGGCAGUCGAAAGCUACACCGGCACCUUGUACGUCAGACACGUCAUUUUAUUCGGAGCGUACUUAUCAAUGCAAUGAUGGGAAUGGAUGCUACAGUGAUUAUGAUAAGUGUAAUUCCAAUGCUCAAUGUGUAGACAAAUCAGAUGAUAUGAACUGUGAUUACUGUAAGGAUUACAGCGCUUUCUUCUGUGUUCAAUCUCGUCAAUGUUUGAGUUCGUAUAAUGUAUGUGACGGCGUGCCUGAUUGCCUCUAUGGUGAAGACGAAGAUCUCCCUGAAUGUUCCCCCUCUAUCUGGAUGUAUAUGAGUGGAGGUCAGCUGGCAGGCCUUCUCAUCGGUUUCAUCAUCUUUAUUGUCAUUGUCGUCGUCAUCGUCGUUGCAGUUAACCAGAAUUGCAAGAAACAACCAGUCAUGCAACUAUCCAACACAAUUUAGGUUCACACACGUCAACGCACGCAUAAUAAAACACAAUAUUGUACAGUUAGGCCUGCAUGGGGUCAAUUUCACAAAGAGUAAGGACUUUGGUCUUAACUUAGGACUGUACUAGUCCUAAACUCAAAAUAAGACUUGUCUCAACUAUUUGCUUAAAUUGUCAUGAUAUUGGCUUCUGUGUACGAAGUGACUUGGGUACAUAGUGACUUUGGUACGAAGUCACCUGGGUACAAAGUUACCUGGGUACAAAAUUACCUGGGUACAAAGUGACCUUGGCACGAAGUGACCUGGGUACGUAGUGACUUGGGUACGAAGUGACCCGGGUACAAAGUUACCUGGGUACAAAGUGACCUUGGCACGAAGUGACCUGGGUACGUAGUGACUUGGGUACGAAGUGACCCGGGUACAAAGUUACCUGGGUACAAAGUGACCUUGGCACGAAGUGACCUGGGCACGAAGUGACCUUGGCACGAAGUGACCUGGGUGCGAAAUGAUCUGGGUUUGAUUUCACAAAGAUAGUCCUCAGUUAAGACUAGUCGUAGGACUCAUUUUGAGUUAUUAAAGACUUACGCUAGUCCUAAAUACUCUAGAUACGACUAGUCUUAACUUUUUGUGAAAUCUACCCCAGGGUACUAAGAGUGACUAUGGUUCGAAGUCACCGACAUUCGAUUGUGUCAAUGCGUUGGUUAAUUAUAAGACAUGUACUGAGAAGUGUUUGAGUGUUAGACUCAUUUUUCAGCACCUUGUAGAGUUUACAAGAUGGAGCGGUAUCUACUAGUGGUAACCUUGGCAUGGACGCAGAGGCAACCAUUGUCAUCUUUAAUAUGUAUAUUGAAAUUUAUUAAGUAAAUAAAGAUGAAAUCCUACUUUACUAUAACAAUUUAUCAAACUAAUAUAUAUCUUUUUAUAUUUUUAUAUUCUGUAAAAUAGUAGAAAUCUUUGCCUGAUCCCUUGUAUGUUGGCUCUUGGAAGAGUCGGGGUGGUUCUUAGAAGUGCCGGUGGUGGUUCUUGGAAGAUCAGGUGGAGGUCUUGAGAAACUAACUGAAUAAAUAUUGCUCAAAGGAUGAAAUCAGCCCAUUUGUAAAACCGCCAUCUUAAAAAAAGUACCACAAUGCAUUUGGAAAACCGAGCAUGGACCGUUUUAUUGCAUUGCAUUGUCACAACCCGAGCUUUUGCCAACCAAGUUUUCAUUAUAUUCACAGUUUGAAACAUUUUCAGUACACCGAUGUUAGCACUGUAUACUCAGUACUUUCCCGCGUUCUGUGAACAAAAUCACAGGCAUAUUACUCGGGUAUAGGAUUCGAGUCCACGACCUUUGCAGUUCUAGGGCAGUGCCUUUAUCCCCGAUGCAAAUAUAACAUAUAUUUUUAGUACAGCUGUUGCCUUUCGUCCAUACUUCACAAUGUUAACCUUUCUCGAAAGGUGGUUACUAAUGGUGGCUUCUUCAAUUAACCAUUUUUACUAUAAGGUUCCCCUGUAAUGUUGUAUAUUAAACUUAUCGUAGUGCAUCCAGAGAGCAUUUUCACACUACUGAGAAAUGUUGUUAAUUUGCCUGUAGAAUUAUGGUGGAAGGGAUUUAUCGGUGUCGAAGAAAGGGACUAUUCAGUGUACAAGUUUGGUAACUUCAUUUUAAUGUGUUUUUUGCAGCAAUAUUUUUUGUGUGAGAUUAAAAUUGCUUGUUUGUUAAAAUCGUA